GAGGAGAAAGUGCAGCCCCAGAGCUCUCGUCACCAGUGAUAGAGUCACCGUCUUCCCGAUAAAUAAAGUUUAAUUCUGUUUCACUUUGUCAAACCUCGGUUCUCCAAGGUCUCCCAUCUCAAACAGUUCGGGUUCGACCAAGUUGUUCACGGAAAAAUGUCUCAGGUGUUGAACAAAACUUCAGUUCUCAACUCAACAGCCCUUUCAUGCUGAUCCCUGUAUGAUCAGUCAUGCAUCUCUCAGGUGACAAAGGAGAGAAUGAGCAAGUAUGAGUCAGUUUACUGCUAAACCUCAUGCUGUUAACAUCUCGGGAAAUUGUGCUCUGAAUGUUUUUGUGUUUUGCCUUUUUGCUGCUUAUUAUUAAAUACGUACAGUAAGUCAUCAUGGGUCCUAAGAAAGUUAGUGAUACCAAAGUGAAAAGGAAAGUUGUGAGAACAACGAUAGAGCUUAAAAAAGAAAUAAUUGCAAAUUAUGAUAAAGGUGUUCGUGUGUCUGAUCUGGCUACCAAGUAUGGCAUGGCAAAAUCGACAAUUAGCACAAUUUUAAAACAUAAAGAGGCCAUCAAGAAAGCUGAUGUUGCUAAGGGUGUGACAGUGCUCACAAAACAACGAUCACAGGCCAUUGAAGAGGUAGAAAAAUUGUUGUUGAUUUGGAUAAAUGAGAAACAGUUAGCCGGUGAUAGCAUUUCAGAGGCAAUGAUAUGUGAAAAAGCAAAGAUGCUGCAUACUGACCUCCUGAAAGACAGCCCUGAAAUGAGUGCUCAAAAUGGUUCGUUUAAGGCUAGUAGGGGGUGGUUCGAUAAAUUUAAGAAAAGAAGUGGUAUUCAUGUAGUGAGACAUGGGGAGUCUGACAGUACUAACAAAGUAGCUGCUGAUAAUUUUGUGACAGAAUUUCAAGAAUUCAUCGAGGCUGAGGGAUUUGUUCCCCAACAAGUGUUCAAUUGUGAUGAGACAGGGCUCUUCUGGAAGAAAAUGCCAAAGAGGACCUACAUCACACAGGAGGAGAAGUCAUUGCCAGGACAAAAGCCAGUGAAGGACCGGCUGACGUUACUAUUGUGUGGCAAUGCGAGUGGGGACUUCAAAUUGAAGCCUCUACUCGUCUACCAUUCUGAAAACGUACAAGUUUUCGGGAAAAAUAAUGUCAUGAAAAACAAGUGGAAUGUGAUGUGGAGGGCUAACAGCAAAGCGUGGGUAACCAGGCAAUUUUUUAUUGAGUGGAUUCAUGAAGUGUUUGCCCCAAGUGUGAAGAAAUACCUCUGGGAAAAACAGUUGCCACUCAGGGCACUUCUUGUCAUGGACAAGGCUCCUGCCCACCCUCCAGGCUUGGAGGCCGAGCUGAUAGAGGAGCACAGCUUCAUCACUGUGAGGUUCUUGCCACCUAACAUAACUCCGCUCAUCCAGCCCAUGGACCAGCAGGUCAUUUCUAACUUUAAGAAACUCUACACCAAAGCACUGUUCCAGAGGUGUUUUGAGGUGACCUCUGAAACUAAUUUAACCCUCCGGGAGUUCUGGAAGGAACAUUUUAAUAUCCUCACUUGCUUGAGGCUCAUAGAUGAAGCGUGGGGGGGAGUGUGUUCCAGGACCCUGCAGUCGGCCUGGAAGAAACUGUGGCCCGAGUCUGUUGCUGACAGAGCCUGUGAGGGCUGUGAGGACAAGCCUGUGUCUGUUGUGGAGGACAUUGUGUCUCUGGGCAAGUCCAUGGGCUUGGAGGUGGAUGAUGAUGAUGUGGAGGAGUUGGUGGAGGACCACAACACUGAGCUGACCACUGAGGAGCUCCAAGACCUUCAGAAGGAGCAGCAACAGCCAGCAGCUGAGGAGCACUCUUCAGAGGAGGGAAGGGAGGAUAUUCCUACUUCACUUAUCAAGGGAAUGCUUGGGAAAUGGGGAGAAAUGCAAAGUUUCAUUGAGAAAUAUCACCCUGACAAAGAAGUAGCACACCGAGCAAUAAACUUGUUCAAUGACAAUGCAGUGUUUCACUUCAGGCAAAUGUUAAAACGCAGGCAAAAACAAUCAUUGGGUAGGUUUUUAGUGAGACAGAGGCCCAGUGAGCCUGAAGCAAGUUCUAGUGGAGCAAAGAGACGAAAGAGAAAGAACCCCAGAAGAAUAGCUCCCUGACGUGUUUAUGGAAGGGAACUCCUCUUCCAAACAAGAACACCCUCCUCCAUAUUCAGUCAUCAGUAGCUCUCAGCAUUCAAGGAAUACAUUUAAUUUUGAGAGAGUCUUGAAGAUGCGAUUGAACUUUCCAGAGCCUUAUGACCCUCAGAUACCUGAUGCCCUGCAGGGCUGAAAGCUCAGACAGCAGUCAGUGACCCCAUCAAGGUUCAGGCAUAUGCUUUGUAAAGACCUGCAUUUCUUUUAUUUUUACAGUUUUGCCAAUUUUAUUAAACCAAUAAAAUUCCUACUAAUAACAAUGAAAUAAAUUUUUGCAAGUAAAAUGUUUAACAAAACCUAUUCUGUGCCUAUAAAUUUUCAAAAUGUCAUAAAAAGUGCAGCUAUGAAUUGUUAACAUGUUAAUACACAGUUCCUUUAUUUCAAAUGUGUUUGUCUUGACUCACUAACAGUUCCUUCUGCAUCUGUUCAAAUAACAUUACCCACCCCUCCAUAAAAAAAGGCAUUAAAGCACUAGAAUAUUACACAUACACUGAUCCAUUCCGGUCAGCUUUAGUCAGAGUUGUAAAAUCAGCAGCAUAAGAAAAACAAAACCUAGUUGUACAUACAGAAAGCUUUCAUAGGUUCUAUAAUCUCCUUAAAUACUGACUCAUGUGGAGGCCAUAACAGUGGAGAAGGCUCAUAUGGGUAACUACCUCAGACUACAGCUACAGCAGGGUCUGGUUCGCCAGAACAAGUUUAAAGUGGCUGUUUAUCAAGUUUGCUAUUUUUGGAAUUGAACUAUAAAUAUAAGAGCCAUUUGACAAUGCAAAUUGUGUAAAUCCUAAACUGCAUCAAUGAUCUAUUUGAUAAAAGCUUAUUCUAAUGGAAAACCCUAUAAAGUAAGAGAGUGAUAUAUAUAUAUAUAGCAGUCUUAAGAUCAUCCGCCUCACAUUAGUCCAAAGUCACGUGCUUCGUAAAAAAACACACCACACAUUACAGUAACAAAGCAAAGGACUACAAAGGCAAAACAUCACAGCUUCUGAUUACAUUGAAUAAAAAGUACCAAGGAACGCAAAAGAUAAUUCUGUAUUAAUACUGAUGAAUUAAAGAACUAUAAUAGACAUUUCACAGCAUGCUAUAUAUAUUGCUCAGCACUUAAGGAUAAAAUGAAGUCUAAAUUUGAAAGUCAAGAAGUUGGCAAUCUGAUCUCAUGUGCAAUCCAGCUACAAAGUCUUAAUAUAUAUAUUCAUCAUCUAGCUACCCUGCAAAAUUAGGACUUAAAAAUUAAGAUUUCAAGUUCAAAUCCUAUUUCAUAAGCUAAAGGAUACAUCCAGUUCUUUAAUGACCAGAGGACAUAUUUCCAGGUUGGAAGGAGCUAAUCCAAGUAGCAAGGCCAUGUUCCACAUUGACCUGACAGGGUCCUUUCUGACCUUGCUCAGACUGUGCCUGUGAUGUCACUCUUCUAGUAGCACAAAGAUGCCACACUGGCUGUGGUUGCUUUUUCUGUCUGUCCUAUCUUAGGUUGGAAAGAGUAAAUGUGAAUGGAAAGAGGAAGGGAAAAAUUGUAUUUUCUUUCCAGGAAGAUACGUGAAUGCAAAGGAAAUAUCUGCCUUAGAGUUCCCAUAACUUUCCUUGAGGCACAAGGGUACCAUUUACCUCUUACAUUUUAUU